AUGGCUCCCAUGCCCAUCCUUGAGCUCAACUUGGGUCUAGCGAGGGAUGUACUGAACCUCCAUAACCGCUAUGAGGAUCUCAAGCCUUCCUUUAAAGCAUCCGAGUUCUACAAGGCUACUCAUGAAGCCAACUUGGCUGACUAUGCUAAGCAGAAAACAGAAUUGGACCAAAUGGUUGCAGGCUAUAAGGAAGCUAAGACUGCUGCUGACAAGCUGGAGAAACAGAUUGAAGAACUUCAGAAACAGCUGGCUAGGCUGAGGGAGAGGCAGAACAAACUCGAGGCUAGACUAGGCACCAAGACCAAGGCCACUUUCCUUGUGCAGAACAUGGUAGCAGCUUCUAGGCCGGCAUUGGAGAUUGUAGAAGCCUCUCUCCAUCAAGGGAUGCUCCUUCAGCAAGAGAUUUCUACCAAGAAGACCGGGCUGCAAGAAACUCUUAGAAAACUAGGACUUUAG